CGCUUGGCCGCCGGCAUACGGCAUCGACCCGUCUGAUCCACGGACGAACGUGAACAAGCGACACUGCUGAGACGGGAAGUUUGGAUCAGGUACGUUGAUUGUCCCGGGUCGCGAUCGCGUCCGCAUGGACGCUUUGCACACAGCCUCCCUGGGACCGAAAUCGUCGCUUGCUCGUCUGCGCGUCUCGAACUCGUCGAUUUUGUCGCGCCGAUGUACCUCCUGACCGCUGUACGCUCGUGGGUCUCUUGCAGCAAUCGCGGGUGCAGCAUCGACCAUCAUCAGCGGCCAUCUUGCCCCGAAGUGCGCUUGUAUAUAUCCUUAUAUAUCGCAUGCUCGUCUCUAAGCCAUCGCGCCGCGCGCGGCCAGUCAUAGUCCACUUUCUCGUUCAUGGCCCUGCGCUAUUUUGCCUUUUCGAUUUACAGUUUUUCUACUCUCCGUGUCCGCGUCCGCUUCUCGCCUCCGUGAUAUAUCAAAUACGAAUCCUCGGUCUCUUUCUGUCUCUUUGUGGUUCUGAGUCCUUUAUCUGAUUGCUUCGGUGUGCGCGCGCGACAUCCAUCCCGCGUGUGCAUCUUCAAGUACCUAUCCAGGUGCGGCGAUCACUGCUUAUUGUGUGUCUGUGUGCAGAUUUAGAGACCGUCUGCUCUGUGCUGCUGUACAUAUCGAUGCCUGUAGCACACACAAGCAGCUCUUCAGUACGUUAUGGGUGUUACACACGCAGGAGUGAAGAUCCGCCCGGACUCGCCGUCUAUCGCACCCGCGAUACAUGCGGACGCAGACGAGCCCUGCCGCCCACGUCCACCAUCGAUAGCCCUGUCCCGGUACUCGCACACGUCGAUGGGUCCGCACAGGCGGAGUGCGCACGAUUUGUCCAGCGAAAAAAAAACACUUGCUUCUGUGGAAAUCACGCGCUGAAUGUGGCCAUUGCUAUAUACCUAGCCCGUCUCGACGAAAAAGUUCAUAAAGACAUAGUUCACGAUUCGGUACAGUGUCGAGCAGGCGCCUUCCGGAUGAGCAAUAUGAAACCGACGGCAACUGCGAGUUGAAUUGAAUCAGACUGUUCGUGCCCCUACAGACACGUACACUCAAUUUAUCUAUU